AUGCCCAAGUGCGAUUACUGCGACGUCUACCUGACGCACGACUCCAUGAGCGUGCGGAAGGCGCACAACAGCGGUCGAAACCACCUCCGCAACGUCGUCGACUACUACCAACAAAUCGGCCAUGAGAAGGCACAGUCCGUCAUCGACUCCAUCACCUCGUCCUACGCCGCCGAAGGCCAAGCGCACAACAACCCCAUGCUGCCGCAGAACCAGCCGGGCCAGGCCUUCCCACCGCCCUUCCCCUUCCCCGGAGGUGUACCGCCGCCCUUCCCCGGCAUGCCCGCCGGCGCGCCCCCAUUCCCUCAGGGCAUGAUUCCUCCUCCCGGUCCAGGUGGUCGCGGAAUGCCGCCCAUGCCUCCCUUCCCCGGUGGCCCCAACGGAGCGAUGCCGCCCGGCGGCUUGCCGUUCCCUCCCCCCGGAGGACUUCCUUUCCCGCCUCCCGGCGCACCGGGCUCUCUGCCCCCGCCCAACUUCCAGUUCCCUGGCAUGCCGCCACCAGGUGCCGGUGGCUUCCCUGGAGCACCUCCAGGCGCGUUCCCUCCUGGUAGCGCACCCCCGGGCCAGGAAAAGAGAUGA